AUGGCACACAGUUUACCUCCAAAAGUGCCAAACGUGACACAAAAUUGGCAUGAUUUAUCUCACCAGAAGAUGUCUUCCAUGGAAAAUUUGGCAACAAAUAAUGCUCCCACUCCACAAGAUCCUUCGUGGGUUGAUGAAUUUCUCGACUUCUCGUCUGUCCGACGUCGUGGCCACAGGAGGUCUAUUAGUGAGUCGAUUGCUUUUCUUGAAGCACCUAUGGUGCAAGAAUGCAGAAGAUCAUCUAUAGCUGCUGGUUCUGGGAAUGCUAGUGAAUUUGAGAGGUUUGAUGAUGAUCAGCUUAUGUCUAUGUUCACCGAUGAUGUUGUGAUGGGGCCCACUUUGUCGCCUUCGAGUCCUUCGUCUCCGUCUGAUCACAACAGCAUUAACGAUGAUAAACAAGGUCCAUCUGAUCAACAGGUACAGCAGCCAAAGAGUGAACCUGAGGAGGUGCAUAGCUCAUGCAAAUCUCAGGAACAAAAUGCUCAACAUGCAACUGCAGAUAAUUCAAAUGAGAAGAUUUCUGAUCCAAAAAGGAUCAAGAGAAUCUUGGCUAAUCGGCAAUCUGCGCAAAGGUCCCGAGUGAGGAAAUUACAGUACAUAUCCGAGCUAGAACGCAGUGUUAACACACUUCAAGCUGAAGUUUCAGUAUUAUCCCCAAGGGUUGCUUUUCUGGACCACCAACGCUUGGUGUUGAAUGUGGAUAACAGUGUUCUCAAGCAAAGAAUAGCAGCUUUGGCUCAAGAUAAACUCUUCAAAGACGCUCAUCAAGAAGCUUUGAAGAAGGAAAUAGAGAGAUUGAGUCAAAUAUAUUAUCAUCAAAAUCUCAAGAAGACUGAAAAUGGUACCCCAAAGUCACCACCAAGGCCUGCUGAAGAACUUGUCAACUGA